AUGGCCAACAACCCCUGGACUUAUGACCCCAACCCUGCGGCUGCUAUUAUCUUUCUUCUUCUCUUUACUAUCGCUACUCUCUGGCAUGCGGUUCUUAUGUUUACAAGAAGAACCUGGUAUUUUACCCCCUUUAUUAUUGGUGGUGCCUUCGAGAUCGCCGGCUAUGUAAUACGUUAUCUCGGCAGCAAAGACCUUGAAAACCUCACAUUCUUUAUUAUACAGACCCUUGCCAUCCUUGUCGCACCCGCGCUCUUAGCAGCGUCUAUUUACAUGGUCUUGGGUCGACUGGUGAUCCUCGUCCGCGCAGAGGCCUACCUUCCGGUGCGGCCAACUUGGCUGACAAAGAUCUUUGUGGGCGGAGACAUCUUAUCCUUUAUCAUCCAGAUUGCCGGUUCGGGCAUGUUGUCAAGCAACUUGAGCUUGGGCAAGGCUAUCAUCCUGGUCGGCUUGGCCAUCCAGCUCAUCUUCUUCGGCCUGUUCGUACUUUCCGCCACCCUCUUCUAUCGACGACUGGAUGCAAACCCGACACCCACGACCUUUCGGCUAGACGCGUGCAGCAACAAACGUGGAUGGAGAGGAGUGAUGUGCGUCCUGUUCGUUACCAGCGCCUUGAUCUUCAUCCGGUCUGUUUUUCGCUUCGUUGAGUUCACGGGAGAUCACGAUUCGCCUAUGAUGACUAGCGAAGCCUACAUCUACAUCUGUGACUCUCUCUUGAUGUUUGGUGUCAUGUCGGCUCUGCUUUACAUCCACCCGUCCGAGUAUAUCCGGGCCCCCAAGGAUAUGAAUUCGUUAGAGGGAGAGGAGCUGUGA